AUGCCUUCCACCUCAGAUAUCUCUACCAAGGGCGCCGAGAACGCCGGUAAUAACCAAGACACUCGCGCCCAGCCAUGGAAGAAGUUUAUCACCAACAAGGAUGGAGAGGCUGAGCCCGCUCGAAGCAGUGACUACAUCACUGUCCGUGCCGUCAAAGGAGAAGAUCAUCACGACUAUACUGCUCAGCUCGGUUAG